GCAAGAACAAAAAUUGCAGAAGGCACAAGAAUAUAAGAUUGGAUGGUAUGAGUACCUCCGAAGAACUUGGUAGAGAUGAGGCUCCUCAUGAUCAAGAUUUUCCAUUCGUAAGAUUAGAGGAAAUUUUUCUUGUGACCCACAAUUUCUCUGAAGCAUGUAAGAUUGGACAAGGAGGAUUUGGCAAAGUAUACAAGGGACUAUUAGGUGGUCAAGAAGUCGCAAUCAAGAGGCUAAGUAGAGAUUCUCAACAAGGAACAAAAGAAUUCAGGAACGAAGUAAUUCUAAUUGCAAAAUUGCAACAUAGAAACUUGGUUCGACUUCUUGGGUGUUGUGAUGAAGGAGGUGAAAAGCUCUUGAUAUAUGAGUAUCUUCCUAACAAGAGCUUGGAUGCUACCCUUUUUGAUGACUCAAGAAAAUUGUUGUUGGAUUGGGAAAAACGGUUUAGUAUAAUCAAAGGGGUUGCAAGGGGGCUUCUAUAUCUUCAUGAAGAUUCAAGGUUCACCAUAAUUCAUAGGGACCUAAAAGCUGGAAAUGUUUUGCUAGAUGCAUACAUGAAACCCAAGAUAGCUGACUUUGGUAUGGCAAGGAUCAUUGGUGAUAACCAGCAUAAUGAAAAUACCCAACGUGUAGUUGGAACAUAUGGCUACAUGGCUCCUGAGUAUGCAAUGCAAGGUUUCUUCUCUACCAAGUCCGAUGUCUACAGCUUUGGCGUAUUAAUACUGGAGAUUGUAACUGGUAUAAGGAGAAACUCCAAUAGCCAAACCAUGGGAUUCCCUAGCCUCACAGUAUAUUCAUGGAAUAUGUGGAAUGAAGAAGAGACCGAGGAACUUCCUGACUCAUCUAUCAUAAAUGCUUCACCAGAAGAAGUUUUGAUUUGUGUCCAUCUAGCACUCUUGUGUGUCCAGGAGAACCCAGACGACAGGCCACUCAUGUCAUCUGUUGUGUUCGUCCUAGAGAAUGGAAGCACCAUACUUACAACCCCCAAUCGCCCUGCCUACUUCGCACGGCGGAAUGUUGAAGUGGAUGAGUUAAGAAAAGAUAUUCACACUUCCAUGAAUAAUUUGACUCAUACCGAGAUAGAGGGGCGGUGA